GUUGAGCAGCAGAACAAGUAGUCAGUCGACAUCUUUGAAAUCAAUCCUUUUUCCUGUACGUUAUGGAUGUUUUUUACGCUAAUAAUUCCCACACGGGUUACUAUUUUUGAGAAACGGUACAACACGAGGGACCAGUGGAGUAUACUUUGAAUUUGCUUCGAGUGAAACUUGUUUUUGUCGUUUUUAAAGAUGAGCAGUCAGUACCAGCGCUCAGUACCACUGGAGGUGAGGAGAGCAGAGGGAGAGAGAGUUCGGGCCAAGCAUCCUGACAAGAUACCGAUCAUUGUGGAGAGAGCCCCCAGGUCACGAGCUCCUGAACUGGACAAGAAGAAAUACCUAGUUCCCUCAGAUCUAACAGUGGGCCAGUUGUGCUUCUUGAUCCGCCAGCGUGUGUCUUUGAGACCGGAGGAGGCUCUCUUCUUCUUCGUCAACAACUCCCUUCCCCCAUCCAGCUCCCCUCUCUCUGCUGUAUAUGAGGAGCACCACGAAGAAGACCUGUUUCUCUACAUGACCUACAGUAAUGAGAGCGUGUAUGGUGCCUGAGGGAGGAAAAAAGACUGGAGACAAAAGAGAAAGAGAGAGAUAGAGAGAGAAUGAGACUGUCUGAGGAAUAAAGUUUGUAUUUGGAAUUUGCACUCAUUAAAGUUAAAGGGGCGCCAUUCUCCAUUUAAGAGAAAAUAAAUUUUAAAUUAUAAAAGCUUCAACACGUUAUCACUUUAAUCAAUCUCACAAUCUGUACCG